GCGACCUGCCUAGGGCGCGGAAGCGGACGAGGGGUUCGAUCGAGGGUUUCGCGAAGGGCGGACGAGGGCUCGAGGACGAGGACGAAGACGAGGAUGGAGAGAUGUCGUCGGGCUCGAGGGGCCGUGCGGGGAAAUGGCAGAGUCUCGAUGCGCGAUUCUUCGUCGUCGUAGUCGAGAAUGUCAUCGAUCCCGAGUAGGCUUGGCAGCUGUGGAUUGUGCAGCCGCCGGGCCGUGAAUGGGUCGGAUUCCCUCAAUUUUCACCUGCUGCCAAGAUCUGCUCGGCCUCUACAGGAUUCCAAGAUCGUCGUCCUGCCGAAGAAAUUUCACAGCCUCCGCCGCUCUGACCUUCUUCUUCGCUGCACCGCGAUGGAUCGCCGCAGAGAGACUGGGCCAUUCCGCCGGUGGCGUUUCCAGAGGCCGAGGCGAUCUGCGCCUGGCCUCGGGCGACAGGUCACGGGUUCUUCCCUCCUCCGAUGAGGGGAGUGGAGGUUCUCGCGAUCUGCAGCAGCAGCAGCUCUCGAGGCGGAAUUCGGUUCCCCAUCAGCCUGAAUUUCUGCAAUCGGUGUCCGAGACGCAGAUUUCCCGGGGAGUUUAUGUCUCAGGUAACGACACCGCGGUGUUCUCUGGAUAUUUUCAUCUUCGGUCACGUCGUGCGCAGGAACGGAUUUCUCUUUCUCGUAGAGUUGUGCAUUUGCAUGCGUUGAGCUCGCCGAGAAGUUGUGCACCCGGAUUUGCAAGCGUGCCAUUCGCGCGAGGACAUUCGAGCUCGGCGCAGCACGCACAGAGGCAGCUGGAUGCCGUGGACGUAGAUGAAGGCGACUUGCCGGCCUUGGAAAGCGUUCAUCGGAGGCGGAUCUUCGUUAAGACCGCCGGGCAUCUGGACGAAGUUGCAAACUUGAUAAAGGACGAGCUUGGACGAGCGAAUGAAUUCCAUUCGACAGUGCCGGCGCUUUUGCGGCGUGUGCAGGUCAAAUUAAGUUCUAAGCUGUUGGCACUGGUGCUGCAAUUGCAGACGGAUCCCGGAUUGGCGUUGGCUUUUUUCCGGUGGGCUCGUGAGCAAGGAUUAGCACCCUCUGCUUAUUGUUACAAAGUCCUGAUCUACGCACUGACCCUCCCAGGAGGCAGUGAUCAAAGAGUCCUCGAACACGUGGAGGCUUCACUGGGUCUGGUACUUGAAUUCAUAGAGAAGGGCUGGAUUCCAGGAAUUUCCACUUGCAAUGCCGUCGUUGGAGCCCUCUGUGCGGUUGACAGGGUGAGCUCUGCCUGCAUGCUCGUCCGAAUCAUGAAGGAAAAACAAUGGGCACCAAAUGCUAGAACAUACAACUUGGUUCUAUCUGGGCUGGUGAACGGGCGCAGAUGGCGAGAGGCCUGGGAGUUGUUCGAUGAAAUGAAGCAGACUACGUUCAAACCGAAUUCGGUCACUUAUAGCACUCUUAUUCGUGGUUUCUGUCAAGAAGGGAAGGUGGACGAAGGGAUUGCUGUAUUCAACCUCGCAUCACGGUCUGGUUGUAGCCGCGAUCUGGUGACGUAUACCACUCUCAUCACAGGUCUUCGCAAGGUGGGGAGGAUUGAGGAAGCUUCAAGCAUGUUAGAAACAAUGAUUUUGGCAGGAUGCGAACCUGAUACAAUUGUUUACAGUUCAGUUUUAGUAGGAUUAUGCUCCACGGGCAAACUAGAGGAGGCUGUCUGUUUAUUCAGAAAAAUGUUACAGCAGGGUUUUUUACCUGAUGUAGUGACCUGCAAUGGUCUUCUUAGUGCCUAUUGCAGAGCAAACAAGUUGGAUUCAGCUCUGGAAAUGUUUGAGAGGAUGAGCCAGUGGGGAUGCAAACCGGAUUCUCGUUCGUACGAGAUAAUUAUUGGAGCGCUUCUCAGUGCUCGUCGUGUGGAGGAAUCCCUGGAGUACUAUGAGAAUAUGCGGCAUCAUGGAUGCUGUCCCAGUUCUUCCAUCCACGAUACGAUUGUCAAAAAACUCUGUAGAGCAGGCCAUACGAGGUUAGCCUACGAGCUUUUGUGCUCACGGCAACCGAAUGAGUUUAAAUGUAGUUCCUCUGCUUUCAAAUCCGUGAUCGGGAGGUUGGUUGUUGAUGGGCAAUGGGCCGAAGCCACGAGGUCAGUAGAAAGAAUGUCAAAAGUACAUGGUGCGCCGACUGCACGUUUUUACCACCAUCUUAUCCUUCUUUUGGGGAAAGCAGGAAAAUUGAACGAUGUACCGUCGCUAUUCAGGUCGAUGGAACAAUCCGGCUUCUUCCCCGACUUACUCAUGUACAAUUGCUGUAUCGAUUGGCUUGUAGAGAGGGGCCUUUGCGAGGAGGCCUGCAAGGUUGUGGAGGAAAUGAAGGCAAAGGAUAUAUCGCCAGAUGUUGUAACAUACAAUACUUUGCUCAAAGGACUUGGAAAAGAAACCACCACUUCUGUAGCACAGAAUCUCUUGAAGCAUAUGAAAGAGAACGCUUGUUCUCCGAAUGUGAUCACUUACAGCAUACUCAUGGAUGCCAUAUAUCGGAAAGGAGGAUUACAGGAGGUCGCUCGUCUAUUCGAAGAUAUGCAGCGUGAGGGUUGUGAUCCUGAUUUGUAUGCGUACAACACUAUGAUCAAGAUCCUUACUCAGGCUGGCAAUUUCGAGGAAGCUUUCAAUUUUCUCAAGAUGAUGGAGAGGGCCAACUGUACUGCAGACGUAGUGACGUAUAACCUUCUCAUUGAUGGGCUAGGAAAAAGAGGCUUGACGAAGAAAGCAAUGAGGCUUUUCCAACAGAUGCAGCGGAGUGGCUGUACACCAGAUGCAAUCACUUACAGUACCAUGAUUUGUACCCUCAGUCAGGCCGGCCUCUGGUACACAUCCCUGGAAGUAUAUCUUCAGUCCAAGGAACAUGGCUCCUCUUGUGAUGUCGUUAGUCAUAAUUCCAUAAUCGAUGUACUUGUCAAAGCGGAUCAGGCAGAAAAGGCAUUGCAGAUAUUUCAGGAAAUGAAAAGGCAGGGCCAUAAUCCAGAUGUCGUCACUUACAACACUAUCAUGGCUUGCUUGACAACUUCUGGUGACAUGAAAAGAUCAUUUGAUUUGUUUUCUGAAAUGAAACAGGCGGGGGUUGCACCAGAUGUUAUCACGUACAGCGUUCUAAUUCGUGGGCUCUGUAAUAUACGUCAGUGGGUAACAGCCUGUCAGCUACUAGAGGAAAUGAUAGAGAGAAAACUGAGCAUUGAUAAGUACACCUUUCACUCAUUGAAGAGUGGCUUUUGGAAAUCAUCUUAUGCCCUUAGAGCUUUCGGUCUGCUGACUGCUCUGAAACGAGAGAAAAGCUUCCCUUCAGAGAGGACGCAAAGAGUUUCGACCGAAGGGCCCGACGAUGUCGACGGCUCGGUCCCUCCCGAAACCGACGAUCUCAAUGAGGCAGAGUCUGUGGAGUAACGAAUCUACUUCUUGAAGGACGAAAGGAGAGUAUCUUCAGUAUCCACGAUCAAUAGGAGAGGAGGAAAUGGCAUAGAGGUUCACGGCUCGUUGGCAUCCUAAUAGAGCUGAUGAUGGACUGUGAUGCGUCAUCGGUCCCCGAUAUUACAGCCAGAUGCCCCACAUGCCUGAGAGAUGUGAGCAGGUGUGGAGGCAUUUUUCAAGCAGGCGAAUCAGACUGUUAUUCCAGAGGUGGGACUGAAUGGAAAAGCUUGUCAUGAUGAAGAGCCUGAACGAGUAUGAGUGGCAAACCAAUGCAUCAAAAGGUGAAACAAGUGCAGGAGGUGAGACACGACGUAGCUGCAAGUGAUCUGACCUGCAGUGACAGAAACGUGAGAAGGCUCGGAGAUUGUGCCCAAAUGCAUAGUUCUUAUUCUGGACUCUUAGUGCUAACAAGGUUGUGGCCAUAUAUCAGACGCCGAAUGCUGCGGGACCGUACAUAAUGUCCGUACAUAAAUACUCAAGUAUAUCACUGGAGAUUGCACCUGUUGUGUUCUGGGCGAGGAAAGUAGAUCCAGCUGUCCUCUUGUUCGUAG